UUCACAAAUGUGGAAUGUACAGAAAAUGCCUCCCAAUGGGUCUGGUUUCCUCCCCGGUGACAAUUAUCCUGAUUGGCUAGCCUUCAAUGAUAGCAGUUCUUCUGUAACUUUUGAAGUACCUCAAGUGGAUGAGCGAAGUUUGAAAACAAUCAUGUGCGUUGUCUAUUCUUCUUCUCCAGAUGAUAUAACAUCAGAAGGCCUUAAAGUUUUGUUGGUGAUAAAUUACACAAAGAACACCAUUCAGCUCUAUAAGAGAGACGGAUUAUCAGCCACCUCUGACGAGGAGGAGUGGCAGAAAGUAGUAUCAAAUACAGAACCAGGUGACAUAAUGAAUGUUACUGUUGUUUUUGAAAACAAAUUUGUUGUGAAGAAGACAACAGUUUAUCUUAUCUAUGAUGAACCAAUUGCCGAAAAGACAAAUCACCAUCUUGAGUCGGAUAAGAAUGUCACUCUUUCUAGUAGUGAUGGAAAUAUAUUUGGUAGACUCUUGUUCAGACUUCCUCCCAUUGUUCGAGCCGUUCUGAUUUCACGACCUUUCUGGUUCUGUUUGGCUGUUAUUAUGGUUUGGUGGUCUCGCUUCCAUUCUAACAAACGAACAAGUUUAAGAAAAUAUUGGCACCCCAGAGCUCUCAAGGAUGCUGUAAUCCGCUAUAUCAUGGGACAAAAUUACUUCGGGUGAUGUACAACAAGAUUUUAAAUUGUUGUCGCCGUAGUAAACCUUAUGUUGCAGAAAAUUCUGGACAAGUAAAUAUUGCUCAGUGUAUCGCAGUCGCGAUAUAGUUGUAGAUACCUCAAACAUUGACGCUGCUAUUAAAAUUUUCUAUAUUUACUAUUUUGAAACAGACAA